AUGGUUCGCCUGGGAGAAGAAGGGGAGACCCAAGGUCGGAGUGAGGAGAUGGAGAAGCUCGGAGCCGCGCUCGUGGAGCAAAGUCAUCGCGAGGCUGUUGCGUCCAAUGUAGGUGGACGGCAAACGCGUCAAGGUGUGCUUGAUCCAUGGCGACCUCUGGUACGGGAAUGCUUGUACCGACCUGGAGAUGGACAAUCCAUCAUGUUUGACGCCUGCAGUCUCUACGGAACACAACGAGUGAUCGGCAAGCCCUAUGUGCGAGCUUAUCAUAAGAAGUACCCCAAGCCUGAGCCGGUGGAGGACUGGGACGACAAGAAACGCCCUUUGCUCCAUGUAAGCUCCCCUUCCUCUGGCCUGGCGACCAAAACUGCUCGUUUCGUUGACCCGGGGCGAAAGGCAUGUUCAACUUACACGACUCCGUUCGAUAUGCCGGGACUCUUCGAUGGUGGGAGAUACGGGCCGGUCAUCUCUUCCGUGCGGAUGGCUCAUUUGCAUCGCAAGCUCUGA